AUGGGCCAGACUCUUCCCCUGCUGCAGCCGCCCCCCUACCUUGACCCCGCAGCUGCGUACCCCGAGCUCUACCGUCUCAGCUUCGUCCCCCUGGGUGCUGCCGGCGUCCCCCCCAUGUCCCCAGUGUACCCAGGUGCGUCCCUGUACCUGCCCCUGGCCCCGCCGCUGCCCGUGGGGGCUCUGGGCACCCCCGUGGCCUAUUUCCCACUGGGACAGGUGUAUCCACCGGGAUCCACGGUGCUGCUGGAAGGGGGGUUUGACACCGGAGCCAGGCUGGGGACAGGUGGCACUGGCAGCAUCCCGCCGCCGCCUGCCGGAUGCCCCCCGGGUGCCCCCCCGGUGCCCGUCCCGCCCGGAGCCGCCGUCCUGCUGCCCCAGCGCAAGGGGGGCUUCCUG